AUGUUUAAUCCGCGGUUUUUGGUGAUUAGCUUAGGCAAUCCCUUGCCAAAAUAUCCCAGCCUCCACUCAGCUGGCCACUUCUCACUCAAUGGCCUCGUCAAAGCCCUCAAGCAGCCAGGUUUUCGCGAGAUGAAAAUAGGAAAGCAGACAUGUCUCGUCUCUCAAGGGCCAAAAUAUACACUGGUGCAGUCACCAACCCUGAUGAACGUCUCAGGACCAUUUGUUGCAAAGGCAUGGCAAGAGAUGGUCAAACAGCAUGAUGCAUCAUCAACAAGUCUUGUCAUCAUUCAUGAUGAAUUAGAAAGAGCCUUUGGCGAUGUCAGACUCACACCUUGGGAUCGCAGCCACCGUGGUCACAACGGGUUGAAAAGUGUCAAGAAGUCAAUAUCCCAAAACAAGUUUCCGGAGUCACCGUUUGCACGUAUUGCAAUUGGCAUAGGUCGCCCAGAAGAGCGAGAUGCGGCCACGGUCAGCAAGUACGUCUUAGAUCCGAUUUCAGUCAACCAACGAAGAGUCCUAGAGGAAGUCGUCCCUUUGGAUGUUGCCAAGAGACUGGUAGAGCUCGAAGAUGAGUGGAAGGAGGAAAUAGAAACCUGA